AUGGCUACGCCAGCUCAAGGUCUGGGCAAUGGCGACGCAGAGGUGCCGGAGACUCACGUUCUGGCCGUUGCCAGUCAUGUGACUGCAGGCUAUGUCGGCAACACAAUGGCGACUUUCUGCAUGCAAGCCCUGGGCUGCGAGGUGUCUGCGAUCCAUACCGUGAAUUUCAGCAACCACACCGCCUACAAGACCUUCAAAGGCCGCAAGACCCCACCCGAAGAAAUCGCCGACCUCUACACGGGCCUCAAGAAUGCGCGCCUCGACGACUUCGAAAUGCUCCUCUCCGGCUACUGCCCCUCGGCGGGCGUCAUCUCAGAAGUCGGCAAGAUCGGCCGAGACGCCAAACUCCGCGGGAGCACGAAACCGGGCUCGUUCUUCUGGAUUCUGGAUCCCGUCAUGGGCGAUAACGGACGCAUCUACGUCGCGGCAGAGUGUGUCCCGGCGUACAAGGGGUUGUUGAAAGAUGCGGAUUUGAUCCUGCCGAAUCAGUUUGAGGCGGAGCUGUUGAGUGAUGUGAAGAUUACGGAUUUUGGGAGUUUGGUGCAGGCGGUGGAGAAGUUGCAUACGGAGUAUACCCUGCCGCAUGUGUUGAUUACGUCGGUGAGGUUGCCUCCUACGGCUGCUUCGACGCCGAAGGUGGGUGAGGAGGACAAUGGGAAUGGGAAUACUGGCGCGAAGUUGUCGAUUGUGGGCUCGACGGCGACGUCUGAGGGCAAGCCGCGACUCUUCCGCAUCACGGUCCCAGCGCUCCCCAUCUUCUUCUCCGGCACAGGCGACAUGUUCGCCGCCCUCCUCGUCGCCCGCCUCCGCCAAGCCGUGCAAACCGCCGGUGUAGCCAACAAAUCCAGCUGGCAGAGCCCCGACGAUGUCUCCGGUCCAGACCUUCCCCUCGCGAAAGCCACGGAGAUGGUUCUGGCCAGUAUGCACGCCGUGCUAAAGGAUACGGAGAAGCAUUAUCAGGUUGUGGCGAAGGGGAUGGAGGGCGAGACGGAGUUGAAUGAGGGGACGGGCGAGGAGGCGGAGAGGGAGAGGGAGAUGGGGAGACAUUUGAAGUUGACCAGGGCGGCGGAGGUGAGGGUUGUGAGGAAUGUGGGUGCGCUGAGGAGUCCGCCGGAUUUGGGCAGGUUUAGGGCGGAGGGGGUUGUGGGGGAGUGA